UUCCUUCUUAAAGAGUUAUCGGCUUCAAUAAGCCAAGUACUCCAAAACUUCGUACCGUGUUGUCUAAUCUUUGUCUAUAAACAGAUUAAUUGAUAUACUGAAUAACCGUAUAGAUUGAUACAAUAACAAGAUAGAUAUAAUAUCAUUGGAUUUUAUCAGGCGCAGCAGAAAAAUGCGCUCACCUUUCUAACCUUUCCUCGAGGCUGCAUUUAAUCCAAUCAGAAAAAUGUUUCUUUUAUUAAUUGUAAGCGUUUCCAAGUCUUAAAUUCAAACAUCGAAUAUUUUAAUUAGCAUGUCGAUUCUAUAAUGUUAAAACGUGUUCCAUAGUUCAUACCACAAAAAAAUGUCUGGAUCCGUAUUGAGCCAAAAUAGUAUAUUACAUAAUACAAGUGGCAUAAAUAGUCCAUUACGGCACGGCGUGUAUUAGCACCCGAGCGUAGAGAGGGAACUAAACGCCGUGCCGUAUCGGACUAUUUAUGCCACGAGUAUACCGUACGCUAUUUUAUAGCACUCACUAGCAUAAAUCCGCUGUCACGCCUAUCCGUGGCCUAAACAGUCCACUUAUGCACCGUGCAGUUAGCGCCCGAGCGUAGCGACCUAUAAAUAGGUUUUCUAUAAAAGUUAGGGGUUUUCUAUGAAAGAGCGGGUUUAGGUCACUGUGUACAGCGCACUUAUAGGUCACGCUUAUCCGUGAUCUAAGGAGCCCUCCCCCCCCCCCCCCCCAAUAACCUGCAGAGUUGCUAUAGCAAAAUCUCGUCAAUGCUUGCUGUGCAAUUUGAUUCAAAUUUGUUAUCAAAAAAUGACUUUACAAUAGACAGUACCUAGACCGAUCCGUCACACGUAUCGUAUAGUAUACUAUUAUUGCGCCCCAAGUAAUUUAUUAUACCUGGCCAAUAAGCAAACCUUUUUUUCGGGCUUUAAUGAAUAGCAGAGCACAAGAUCCUGUAAAUUAAAAAAAAAUCGUUGAAAAUGGCCGUCCUUAUCAACAGUUGCGAGCAAUUUAAAAUAGGACAAAAUUCGUCAAAAAUGCCUGAAAAGCAAGAAUUUUCACUUUUUUUUUGUUUUUACGAUUUCCGACUAAGUCCGUAAAAAAUAUGGCUCGUAUAGGUGAAAUUGUGCAUUAUUAUUUAUUUUUUAUUACACGUCUUAGAAGUACAAAAUUAUCAAAAAAUUUACUGAAAUUAUAUAUCAUACCUCCGUUUUUAGGCACGACCGCGACACGGAAGGGCCUUAUUUUUUUAUACCCACAAUCGGACUUUCAGACCCAUUAUAAAAUAAUCAUUUUAUAUUAUGAACUACUUCUAUUUCCAGAAUUUUUUGCACAUUUGUUAUAUAAAGUAUAAAUGUAUGACAUUUUUAUAUACGCUGAUUCAAUCAAAUUCGUGCACACAUAUAUUCAUCAACCGCAAUAUAAUCUUCCAGCUGUUGCAGCAAUUUUAUAUACUAUUGGUUCUUCCAGUGGCGCCAAUUCGUCUGACGGUUAAAUGCGCGCUAAAAUAUAUAAUAGGUAUAAUUCGCGGUGCGCAGCGUGCAGGCUGCCGUGUUUACAUCCUUUGUCGUGUAUGCACUAUGCGCAGGUAUACCGCAUCCUUUGUGUGUUGAAUUCUCAGCAUGCUCUUUUUACGUACUAUUUUGCAAUAAUUCGCUCACAGUAAAACAACGUUUCGAAUAUGAGUCAAUUAUCGGACGACGACAGUUCGGACAGCAGCAAUGAGUUCCUCGUGCCGGCAGACAAAAUAGACUUGAGUUCCUCGUUCUUCAAUCAGUCGGCGACUAAGAAGCCUAACCCCAAAAAGACUCGGGCCAUCCAAAGCAGCCCUGAAGAUUCGGACAGUGAGUUCGAUUACUCGAAUGACAACAACGUCAGUUCUACCGAGCUUCUUGCUCAGGUACUGAAGAAUCUCGAAAAUGCGAAAAACCAGAGUUUGACAGCUGACACCAGUCAGUCGGAGCAAUCCGCAUCCAAGCAGGCAUCAGACUCCAAAGGCGAUGACUUGUCCAAGCAGAUCAAUGAUCUUCUCAUGCAAGGAGAAAGCGCAUCAACCUUGGCUAAGGCAGAUGUCCAGGAUGAGAAUGAAGCAGAAGAUUCAAAGGCCGAGGUUAAAUCGGAGUACACCAUUCCACUAAAGGGAGUGCAAAUACACCUUCCAGGAGAAAAUGUCAUGUUUGAUAGAAAGAAAAAAAAGGAGCGGGAUCUGCAAAAAGUGCUACAGAGUAAGAUCAAUUCGAGGAUAAGAAGUAGUCAAUUGUUUAUUCACAAGGUUGGAUUACUCUGCUGGUUGUCGCAUGGAUUUUUCUUGAAUAAACUGGCAAAUGAACCAGAGUUAUUGGCGAUUGCUUUGUCAUUGGUAUCAUCUAGUAACUAUCCAAAAGGCCGACCUGAUCUCAAGUAUAUGGAAAAGUUUACAAAAUGGUUUACAGGACAGUUCAAAAUUGUUGACCAACACAAAGAAGUAGUUUUCAGCAAGGAGUUGUUAUUGCAGAGAUUUUCAGACAAAAGAAUUGAUAACUACGUAGAAUUGAUCUUGUUGUACAUAGCUACUGUACGAAGCAUGGGAAUCAAUUGUCGCUUGGUUAUUUCCCUCAGACCAGCUCGUUUAAAACCAGCUCCUGAACAAUUGUUUAAAAUUCCAGCAAAUGAAGAGAGUGAUACAAAGUCAAAAAAAGUCAAGGCUGGAAAUGGAAAAUCAACAAAACAGAAGAAGAAUACUCAAAAAGCUGCUGCCAAAAGUAAAACUGGUAAGAGAAAAGCCACGUCUAAAGAGCAAUCAGUUUCGCCAACAAAAGCUAUUCCUGAAAAUAGUCGAGAGGCAGCUAAAACAGCAAGCGAAGAAGCAAAGAAAAAAGCAGCCGCUAUACUGAAAGGAAAGUUGAAUACAUCAAAUAAGAAAACUGAGAAUUCAAAGAAAGGCAAGAAAGAUGAUAGUGACAGUGAAGAGGAGAAAAGUAUUAUAGAUGAGAGUGACAUGACAGUAGCAAGAAAGUUGAGAUUAAGAACAAAUAAAAUUAAAGAAUCUGAAAAUGGAAAAUCAAGUAUAUCAAAGAACAAAUCGAAUGCUAAUGCUAAAUCCAAAGCUGACAAGUCUUCUAAAAAAAGAAAACACGACUCUUCUUCGGAUGAAGAAUUUUCUGCUGAUGAAGAAAUUUCUGAUGAUGAAGAAAUUUCUGAUGAUGAAAGUGAGUUUUCAUCAGAUGAGGAGUACAUUGAAAAAAAACCUAAAAAAAGAGCAAAACAAUCAAAUAAAAAUGAAUCCAUUUCAUCUAAGCUUGCUAAAAAGUCAAAUAAGCAAAGGAAGUUAUUAUCCUCUGAUGAAGAUGAUCAGAUCACAGUGAAAAAUGUAUUUAAUGUAUGGGUGGAAGUUUAUGUUGAAUCUGAAGAAAGUUGGAUAAGCAUUGAUGUUCUGAAUCAAAAAAUUCAUUGUGUUUCUGAUAUAUAUAAAAAGGCAGGGAAUCCUGUUUUGUAUGUAGUAGCUUGGAAUUCAGCUGGUACAAUAAAAGAUGUUACUCGAAGAUAUUGCCCACAUUGGUUAACAGAUACCAGAAAGAAGAGGGUUGACGAAAAAUGGUGGAGCGAAACUCUAUUAGGAUGGAAAGAGAAAAAAACGGCAAUAUCAAAAGCAGAAGAUGAACAAUUAUUGCAAAGGGAACUGGAGCAACCACUUCCAAAAACAAUGGGUGAAUGUAAAGGUCACCCCUUAUAUGUGUUAACUAGGCACUUGCUCAAAUUUGAAGCUCUCUAUCCUCCUGAUGCUGUACCUUUGGGGCACCUCAAAACUGGCGAAGCUAUUUACUCACGUCAUUGUGUACACACUCUAAUGUCUCGAGAAACUUGGGUCAAGAAAGCUAGAGUUGUUAAACCAGCACAAGAGGCUUACAAAAUUGUCAAGUCAAUGCCAAAAUAUGACAAGCUAUCAGGAAUGAAAAUAAAAGAUCAACCUCUUGAAUUAUUUGGAAAAUGGCAAACUAAUCCCUAUGAACCACCAGUAGCAAAAGAUGGUAAAGUUCCUCGAAAUGAAUAUGGCAAUGUGGAUCUAUUCAAAAUGUGCAUGCUUCCAAAAGGAUGUGUAUACAUAAAUCUUCCAGCAUUAAAUCGAGUCGCACGUAAGUUAAACAUAGAUUGCGCUCCAGCUUGUGUUGGUUUUAAUUUUGGCUGCAGAGGCGCAUUGCCUGCUUUCGAAGGUUACGUGGUUUGCGCUGAGUAUGAGGACACUGUACGUGAAGCCUGGGAAGAAGAGCAAGUGGAAGCUCAAAAGCGAGCCAAAGAACGAAGAGAAAAACGAAUUUACGGUAAUUGGAAAAAACUCAUUAAAGGAUUAUUAAUUAGAGAGAAGCUUGCUGCUAAAUACAAUUUUGGCGAUGAUGAUGACGUUAAAAAUGGUGAAAACAAAAUAGUUAAACCUACAAUAAAGAAAGCAGCAACUACCAAAAAGGCGCCUGCUAAAAAGGCUGUUAAACAAACCUACAGAAACAUAUUAAGGGAAGAAAGUUCUGAUGAUGAGGAGGAAGACUCAGAAAUUGAGGAAAAGCAGUCCGAAACUGUAAGAAAGUCUACACGACCUACUAGGAAAGUUGUCACAAGAACAGUAAAUUAUGAUGAAAGUGAAACCGACGAGGAAGUGCGACCCGUGAUCACCGAAAAGAAAUCAAUAUUUAAAAAAAUUAAUGCUGCUGCAAUAACUGCGAAAAAAGCUGCAGAGAAAGAUGAAAAUCGAAAACAGCCAGACGACGAAGAAAUGGUAGUAGAUAAAACGGUUCCCGACAAGAAAACUACCAUUGCCAAAAAGUUGAAAGCUUCAACAGCAAAAUCUGUAACUAAAGUAUCUGAAAAAGAAGAGGAAGACGAAAAUGUUGAUGAUGAGGAGAUGGAAGAAGUUUCGAAAAAUGUAAGACCAAAAAGGGCAUUAACGGCAAAAAAGGUAGCUUCAAAGGCGAAAAAAAUUAGCGAAACUGAGAAAAGUUCAGCUGAGGAAGAAACAGGACCUCUUGUCACCGAAAAGAAAUCAAUAUUUAAAAAAAUUAAUGCGGCUGCAAUGACAGCGAAAAAAGCUGCAAAGAAGGGCAAAGAACAAGUACAGGCAUAUCACGAGGAUAUGGGAGAUACAGUAUCGAAAACUAAAACUACUAUUGCUAAAAAAUCAUUAUCGUCAAAAUCUGCAACUAAACUAUCUAGAAAAGAAGAGGAAGACCAAAACGUCGAUGAUGAGGAAAUGGAAGAAGCUUCUACUGAAGAAAAGAAAAAUACAAGACCAAAAAGAACAGUAGCUGCGAAAGUAAAACAACCAAGCAAACCUGAGGAAAAUGCAGGCAAGGAUGAAGAGCUAAAAGAAUUCGUAACUAAAAAUAAGAAACCUGUACCUCCAAAAAAAGUUACAGUAACUACAACUAAAGUUGCAACCAGAGCUUCAAAGAGAAACAUGCAGGAACCUGGAAAUCUAACAAAGAAAGCAAAGAGGUAAAUUAAAAAAAAAAAAAGAUUAUGUUUGUUGUCACUAAUACAUUUUUUGUGUGAAGUUUUAACUACUUAAGAAAAAUAUAUAGUUUUUUACUCAAAUUUUGUACCGGACAUAGCUUGUAAAUAUAUACAGAAAAAGAUUAUUUUGAUAAACAUUCCUAUAUUUAUAAAAAUUCAGUUUGUAAAUGUUUUCUAGUGUCAUGUAAAUCUCUUGAUAAAUGUCCCGAACUAA